CAUCUCAUCUUCUACAGUUUGCCCCUUGAAUAAUUUAGAGGUACUAGGAGAAUAAGGUCAAUCAAUCAAUCGUCUGAGCUUCAUUUCUGGACAGAAGCAACCAAGAAGAGGAGUAACUAGUUUCUUAGUUUCCAUUGUUGAACUUUCAUUUCUCUUCUUCUUCAUUUCCCUCUGCCACCACUCUAUUUUUCGGUCGAGUGAAAAAUGAUUACAAUAUCAUACACUAGUUGUUGUCUUGCUGGGACAAACAAUCAACAGAUUGUUGCAUCUAAACAUUUCGUUGCUAAUUCUGCAUCAGAGAAAGGGGGUUCAAUUGUUAAAGCUGGGGCAGGUUCAACAGAAAGGGAAACUGUGAAUGAAGAAAGUGAGAGGCUGAUACAGGCGGUCAGUAGGAGGUCAGCAAUGGCUUCUGCCAUGUCUUUAGCUACAACAGCAUUUGGAUUUCCUGGAGUGGGAUUGGCAGUUGUAAAACAAGGUCUUCUGGCAGGAAGGGUGCCUGGCCUUUCAGAACCAAAUGAGCAAGGUUGGAGAACUUAUCGAAGGCCGGAUGACAAGUCAGGAGGGCAUGGUGUGGGAUGGAGUCCUAUCAUCCCCUAUGCCUUUUCUGUGCCUGAUGGCUGGGAAGAGGUUCCUGUGUCCAUUGCAGAUCUAGGAGGCACAGAAAUUGAUUUGAGAUUUGCCAACUCCCAAGAAGGACGUCUCUUUGUAAUUGUUGCUCCUGUUAGAAGAUUUGCGGACAAUAUCAGUGAUGAUGCAAAAAUUGAAGAAAUUGGAGAACCAGAUAAAGUGAUUGGGGCUUUUGGGCCGGAAGUGAUUGGUGAGAACGUCGAAGGGAAGGUGUUGAGCGCUCAAGUAGCAGAACACUCGGGAAGAAAAUACUACCAGUUUGAGUUAGAACCACCUCACAUUUUUAUCACGGCUACUGCAGCAGGAAAUCGCCUUUACUUGUUCAAUGUCACUGGAAGUGGACUUCAAUGGAAGAGACACUACAAGGAUUUGAAAACGAUAGCUGAAUCUUUUAGAGUCAUAUGAUUGGAAAUUAUUCUUGUGUAAAGUGGCAGAACUCCAGUAUUCUGAUGACCAGAAAGAAGAAAGGAAGCGCAUCAACUGGAUACAGAAUGAUUUACAAGAAUCUAGCUUGUGAUAUACACAAUACGGAGGCAUAACCUCUAAUUUUGCAGCAUUAAUAUAUAAAAGUUAGAAGAGUACAAUUUUUAGUGUUUUGCCCCGAUUCUCACUGAAGUGCAAGGGAGAUAAGGCCAUAUGUUCAAAAAUGGCAUGAAUGACAAUAAUUUACGAAAUCUACAAUU